UUACCUAUCCCUCUCUCUCCGUCUCCGUACAAUAAACCCCUCCUCUCUGUAAAUCAGAGACAUUAAUAACCAUGAGAAUGAGCUGCAAUGGCUGCAGGGUCCUCCGUAAAGGUUGCAGUGAUAACUGCACCAUUAGACCUUGCCUUCAAUGGAUCAAAACCCCUGAUUCUCAAGCGAAUGCCACUUUAUUCUUGGCCAAGUUCUAUGGUCGUGCUGGCCUCGUCAAUCUCAUUGAAGCCGGCCCCCCAAAACUCCGCCCAGCUAUAUUUAGGUCAUUGCUAUAUGAGGCGUGUGGCCGGAUAGUGAAUCCGGUCUAUGGUUCAGUAGGCAUGCUUUGGUCAGGUAAUUGGGCCCAAUGCCAAGCAGCCGUUGAUGCGGUGCUCAAAGGGUCACCCAUCAUGUCACUGCCUUCCUCUUCUGAGGUUCCAGCACCACACUUGAUCUCUUCUCUCAACACCUACGACAUACGCCACGUGCCCAGGGACCAAGACUCCCCUGAACUAACCAAAGCCAAGAACCAGACCCGGUUCAAGCGGUCCAUUGCCACCAGGCCCAAUUCACAGUCUGAACCAACGAGCAGGGUUAACCCGGGUGAGUGGGGAUUUGAGCCGGUUCGUGAUUCAUGUUUGGGUCAUUUGGGAAAUCGGGGUAGUUAUAUAAAAGAUGAGGAUAGCAUAUUUUCUGUUGAAACAGUGGAGGGUUCUUUGUGGAGUCAGGUUGAACCGGACAGUUUCUUCAAAUUUAAUGGACAAGGUGAUGGCAGUGAUGUCCGUUUGGAUCUGACUCUUGGUUUGGUUUCAGAGUAGUACAAGUUAAAAUGGUACCUGUUCGUAGAAUAUUGACUUGAGGCAUGCAGGCGUGCUGCCUUAGCUUCAGCGAUGCGGUUUUAUAAUUAUUUGAACUUCUUUUGCUAGCAUAAAUAUAUUGUAGGAAUAAUUUAUUCUUA